AUGGAUGGUGAUCAGGGUGGCGGCGAGGCGACCAAGUACCGCGGCGUGCGGCGUCGGCCGUCGGGGAAGUACGCGGCGGAGAUCCGUGACUCGAGCCGGCAGAGCGUGCGGGUGUGGCUGGGCACCUUCGACACCGCCGAGGAGGCCGCCAGGGCCUACGACCGCUCCGCCUACAACAUGCGCGGCCAACUCGCCGUCCUCAACUUCCCCGCCGAGGCCCGCAACUACGUCCGCGGCGGCUCUUCCUCCUCGUCCAGGCAGCAGCAGCAGCAGCAGCAGGUGAUCGAGCUGGAGUGCCUGGAUGACGAGGUGCUGCAGGAGAUGCUCAGGGACGAUCCGCAGCGCAGAUCAGCUGGUGGAAAGAAGAAUUAGCUAACUACUAGCUAACUAUACUGAUCGACGAUCUUCGUGCAUGAUUGAUAUAUUCAUGCAUGCAUCAUCGAUCGCUUGAUUUCUUAUUUAUGUAUGGAAAAGCAGAAGAUCAAGCUUCUGAUCGGUAUGUGCUUUGCAUAUAUAUGUUGGGUUUUCUGUAUUUUUAAGG